GGCCUUAACAAUUAAACCCUCACAAAAUCAGCUCUCCAGUAUCUUCUGCCUCCUCAACAAAACACAGUUCAGUUUACUUAUGUCCGUUGGCGACUAAAGCAGAGCUUAGUUAUAAAAAAAUGGCGCUAUGGUUAGAUGCAGGCUCUGAACCCAAAACAGAAAGUGAAAUAGCUGACCUUCAAGGUAUCAACGCCAUUAAAGAGUCUGCUGCUCUUGAUUUUAAGGAGCAAGGUAAUAAGUAUGUAAAGAUGGGUAAAAAGCAUUAUUCUGAUGCUAUUAACUGUUACACAAAGGCAAUUGAUCAGAAAGUUUUAAGUGACUCUGAAGUUUCCAUUCUUUAUUCAAAUAGAGCUCAUGUUAAUAUAUUGUUGGGAAAUUAUAGACGUGCUAUUACUGAUGCUGCAGAGGCAAUUAAACUGUCUGAAAAUAAUAUUAAGGCACUAUAUCGAGCUGCCAAAGCAUCGUUGUUAUUGAAUUUGUUGACUGAGGCAAAAACUUAUACUGAAAAUGGACUAAAGCAAGAUCCAGAUAAUGAGGAAUUUAAAAAACUUGCUUGCCAGAUAAAUACGUUGAAGAUGGAACAGGAUAAGCGCGAGGCUGAAGUUUCUAUUGCUGUAUCGAAUGCUAAGGAUGUUCUCUCUGCUAUUGAAGCUAGAGGCUUGAAGAUUGGAAAGGCAAUGUUUCGAGAACUUAUUGGAUUAAGGAAACCAGAAUUGGAUAAAAAUAAAAUCCUUCAUUGGCCAGUUCUUCUUUUAUAUCCCGAAGUUAUGUCCAGUGACUUUAUUGAAGACUUUUGCGAGAUUGACAUGUUCUCGUCUCAUCUUGAUAUGAUGUUUUCAGAAAAUUCUCCAUCAUUACCAUGGGAUUCUGAAAACAAUUACACCCGUGAAGCUAUUGAACUUUACUAUGGGUCUGGCUCUGGAGUUUGCCUAUCAAAGUCAAAAAUUCUUCAUUAUCUAGUCGAAGGGACUGCCGGUGCUAACUUAGAAAUUGGAAAUGAAGAAAAGGAUGCGCUUGAAGAUUCUCUUUAUGAAAACUCGGAAGGCUCUUCAAAAUGGGUAAAAGUCGAUGAAAAGAAAAAUCUACUCGAUGUUUUGAAAAAACCCGACUUCAUCAUCUCGGGAAUUCCAGUUUUUUAUGUUGUUUCGAAAAGCUCAAGUUUCUAUAGAACAUUCAUAACUGGUAAAUGGUCUCUUCCAUCAUGAGAAGAUUGUGUAGUAUGAAACAACAGCAUGAACAUGGUUAUCUUCUCAAGCGAGUAUUACAAGAAAAUUAUUGAUGACGCGUGGAUAUAGGAGUUAAUUUGUAAGAAAAACAAACUCUUAAGGACCUCAAGCAUCUUAUCGAGUUCAGGAGGCCUCCACUCCACUGUUGGCGGCAAGCUAUUUUGUUGUUCAGGUUAUAUUGAGAUUCUUCACUGUAUCAUAUACGCUUGACAUUUUUCAAACGCCGGUUUGCAAAUAUUAACUAAACAAAAAGAAAAACCUUUCGGGUUGUUUUUAUUUCCGUUUUGAUUUGUCAAAUUAGCAAAUCUGUUUGAUCA